CCAAGGAGAGCCAGAACAGCGUUCACCUACGAACAACUUGUUGCUCUCGAGAACAAGUUCAAACAGACGAGAUAUCUGUCGGUCUGUGAGAGACUUAACCUGGCAUUGUCCUUGAACCUCACUGAAACUCAAGUGAAUAACUUUCAUUAA